AUGGCCAAAUACACAAAGGAGACUCUUGAGACCGCAUUGUCAAAAAUGUGCUCCGGGGAGAUUAGCCAGAGAGAAGCCUCCCGCCGUUACAACAUUCCGAUAUCAACGCUCCGCCACCGCCGCAAAGGUGGCGGUGACUGCCGCACAAGUCAUGAGGCUAUGCAAAGGCUGUCAGUCAGCCAGGAAAAUCGUUUGGCCGACUGGAUCAAGGCCCAAGAUGCUCUAGGACUAGCGCCGACAUACGCGCAAGUUCGUGCGCUCGCUGCGAGGUUACUCCGAGAGCAAGGAGAUCAUACCCCUUUGGGUAAAGACUGGCACAUCCGCUUCCUCCAACGGCAAAGCUCAAUCAAAUCACUUGGGGCCUCAAAGGUUGACGAGGAGCAUCUUGACUUGUCAGGCGAGGUUCUUCGGGGGCAAGCCAUGAGUACCUUCAUACAAGAAUCUAAGGGCUCUGCAUGA